GUAGAUGACGUUGGGAGACGGACCGCAGCUGCCAUGAGCCGUCCGUCCUCAGCCGGAGCCGGAGCCGGAGCCGGGGCCGGGGCCGGGGGUGGAGGACUCGGGUCCGGGAAAGCAGGCGGAGGAAAGGGUUCGGGAGGCGCCGCUGCCGCCGCCGCCGCCACCGCCGCAGCAGCAGCAGCGGCCGCCGCAGCAGCGGCAGCAGCGGCCGCCGGUGUGUGCUCUGUGGCCGCGUCCGGCUCCGCUGCCUCCGCUGCGUCCCUCAUCUCGGUCGUCUUGCCCGGACAGUCCCCGGAGCUCACGGCGCUGUUCGAGUGUCCGGUAUGCUUCGACUACGUCCUGCCGCCCAUCCUGCAGUGCCAGGCGGGUCACCUGGUCUGCAACCCGUGCCGCCAGAAGCUGAGCUGCUGUCCGACCUGCCGAGGCCCGCUCACCCCGAGCAUCCGGAACCUGGCCAUGGAGAAGGUGGCCUCCACGCUGCCGUUCCCCUGCAAGUACUCGUCGGCCGGCUGCCUGCUGACUCUUCACCACAGCGAGAAGCCCGAUCACGAGGAGGUGUGCGAGUUCAGGCCGUACACCUGUCCGUGUCCCGGAGCUACCUGCAAGUGGCACGGCUCGCUGGAGGCCGUCAUGCCGCACCUGAUGCACGCGCACAAGUCUAUCACCACGCUGCAGGGGGAGGACAUCGUCUUCCUGGCGACAGACAUCAACUUGCCGGGCGCCGUGGACUGGGUGAUGAUGCAGUCGUGUUUCAGCCACCACUUCAUGCUGGUCCUGGAGAAGCAGGAGAAGUACGAAGGCCACCAGCAGUUCUUCGCCGUCGUGCUGCUCAUCGGCACCCGCAAGCAGGCCGAGAACUUCGCCUACCGCCUGGAGCUCAACGGCAACCGGCGCCGGCUCACCUGGGAGGCCACGCCGCGCUCCAUCCACGACGGGGUUGCGGCCGCCAUAAUGAACAGCGACUGCCUGGUGUUUGACACCUCCAUCGCGCAUCUGUUCGCCGACAACGGCAACCUGGGGAUCAACGUCACCAUCUCCAUGUGCUGAGCGAGGGAGCGGCGUUAACGGCAGUCACACAGAGGACGCCACAACGGAGACACAACACAGGAUCCGUGUGGGAGGCGUUGAUCUCACCUUCUGACUCGUGUUGAGCGGUUACAGGGACGUCCUGUGGUGGUGCAACAUUUGAAGCUGCUGAGAGACAACUUCUCAAAUAAUCGCCACGGAAAGGCGAGCGCCGCCCUGAGUGAUGUCUGUUUGGGGCACCGGAGGAAAAGAGGAAGAGGAGAGCAUCAGGCAGAUCGAGCCUGCUGCUUCAGCCGCCGCCUGUCCACGGCGGGACAUCUGGACGCCAGGUUUUAUUCUUUUCCGCAACACGAGCCUCCGUCUUCCUCAUCAGACUCCCUGUCGGCCCGACUUGUUCUCAAUAUUCUGAUCUUUGCAGGGAAAAGUUGGUGUUCGUCAGCUGACCUGUAACUGGGUUAGAGGAGGCAGCAGACACACUUUUAAUCCUGUAAAAUGUUCUUCUCUGUGUGAAUCCAUUCUUAAAGCAACUAAUCUGAGGGGCUGCUGGCAGUUACAGUGAAGCAGAAUAAUGUGAACUCGACUCCUCAUCUACUUAGUGCUUUAAUGAGCCGGGCUGAGCGGGAGGUUGCUGGUUCAAAUCCCCGCCGCGGUCUGUAGGACGGGGACUGACCGCGCUCUUCGGCCCGCUGCAGACUCGUCUCACAUUUUUGGAGGUCGGCGUUCGACCUUCGCUGAGCUGUUAAUCCUCGAUUCUUCUUUAAUCUCAGAUAAAAGCAGCGAAAUAGAGGAGUAAUCCGCCUGUUCAGCCGCCAGCGCCUUACUUUUCUACCGCCAACCUCCUCUUCUUCCUGUUCAGGCUCAUCCUGCCCCUGGAGCUCCAGCUGGGACGCUUCACCACAGAGACACAAAGGACGGACAUUUUAAAAGAAGGACAUUCCUCGUCUCUAAACCUUUGUAGCGCCUGACCAGGAAGAAACCGACUUCACUGCAUACCUCUGACCACAGACACGUCUGUAAGUGAACCGCUAACCCCUCAGACCUCGGCGGUGUUUCCUCCUCCGUCACCCCCGAUGGAGACGACGUGAAGUUUAACGACAGUAAAUCGGAUAAAUUUCAAAGACUCAUCUGCCUCCGCAGCCUGCGCUGUAACAGAAGCUAGUUGUGCGUUCACACUGCAGGAAGCUCUCGCCAAAUGUUCGUCGGCCUCUUGCUUGGUCUCUCUCUUCUUCGCUUCCUCUUCAGUCUCUUCACCUCUGCUGUUAGCUAACGUUACGUCCGGUUGUGUUGCCCGCUCGCUCGCUCGGCGGCGGCCGCAGCAGCAUGAUGUUGCUGGAAACUUGUAGUGGCGAGUUAGCCAACAAAGCUAAUCAGCAGCAGACGCAGGAGCACUUACAGUAAUGUUACUGAUGUCAGAGUCCUUCGAAGUAGCUCACAAUGCACACAGUAUAAGCUUUGCUGCAAGAUAAUAUUACUACAUAAUGUUGCUUUAAAGAGUAACUUUGGUUUUUAACCUGGAUUUUUAAAAAUUGGUCCAGUAGUGAGCGAGCGAGUGUGCUACAGUGAAACAGGGCUGCAACGUAAUCCUUCCGUCAAAAAGCUUAUUUUUGCUGCUUUUAAUAUUACAAGUUUUUAACAACAUUAUGGGAAGAAUCCCUACAGACAGACAAUUUUUUAAAGAUCCUUUUUGUUUAAACAGAAACAGUUUCUAUAUCGCUUUUGUCAAAGCCGCCAGACUCCAUUAAAACAAAAACAGUAAUUUUACCUCACUGCCUCGAUUAGUUUGUUUGUGUUAUUGUGUUACUUUGGUGUUUGUAACCCUUUAAAACACCAAAAUAACAACUAACCGACGGAGGCAGAGGUCGACCAGCAGCUCCUGUGAGAAACCUUUUCUUAAAGAGUAAGAGUCUUUAUGUUUAACCAGAAACAGUCACUAUAUUGCUUUGGUCAAAGCCGCCAGACUCCAUUGGAAAAAAAGAAGUAAUUUUAGCUCUCUGGUCUGUUAUGGUGAGUUUGUGUUAUUGUGUGACUGUUGUUUUUAACCCUUUAAAACACCAAAGUUAAACUAUAACAAAAACAAACGAGAACAAGAAAAUCUCACAAUAACACAAACCAACUAACCGACGGAGGCAGAGGUCGACCAGCAGCUCCUGUGUUCCUGUGACCAGAAACAGUCACUGUGUUUGACCUUAUUAUUCACUUAGAUGCAGAAACACAGGAAAGGGUCCAGAUUGAAACAAAGGUUCCCUUUAGAUCAUAUUGGCUGCAGUGUGAACGCACACCGCUAUUUUCACUGAAUAAUAAACAGAGGAAACGCAGCUCUAUGAUAAUCACACUUCCACUUUACAACCCGCCGACUUUCUACGAAAUGUUUUAGAAUAUAUGUAAAUGAAGAAAUAAUGAUGUAUAUUUUCUAAAAACACAGACAUGAUUUUGUUUGAUCGUUUCGCUGUUUUCAGAUGUUUCUGGCAUUUGUUGUUAAUUCUGUUGCUGCAUUGUCUCACCUCAACAUCUGUACUGAUACACCAGAAAGGCCGGAGAAGGAAACCAGGGACUCGCAUCAUAAACUACUGCUCACAUUUUCCAAGACGUGCAGAGAGGUGAAGCUGGAGGUGCGUUCAAGUCCUGCACGGACAUGAAACACUCCUGGUUGACUCAUUAGUGCAAAAGAAGAACUCGUUUGAUUGAAACUCAAAAGGUAAAACAAGCCUGUGGGCAUUAAAAAAAACUGAAGCUAGGACUCCCAUGGUGCAUUUCACUAACAAACGUCCAAUCACGGAGCUUCACAUUCGUUUAAAUCCGCCUCUGACGGUGAGCUGAAGCUAAAAACUACACCUGGUGAAACAGUCAUUUAUUUAGUAACUAAUACCUUCACAACAAGAGCAGCUGAGGCUCAUGGGUAUUGUAGUAUUUAAAGUAAUCCACAAACAACUUGACACAAAUUAUUAAAUCUGAUGAUCAGAACAAUAUUAUAUAAUUAAUUAUAUGUUAUAUGUGGUUAACACUUUAUUUUACAAGUCUGUUAUUUCUGGAUAAUUUCCACUCAUUUAGUUUGUCUACGGGAAAGAAAACGUGAACAUGUACAUUUCCAGGAAUAAAUGAAUAUUUACUUGA